CACUGUUUUCCUGUAACAUGAAGCUUCCUGAUCUAUAACAUAUAAGGAAGUCAUUCUAUGUGAUAUGUAAUCUGUCGUAUCGUAAUGAUACCUUGGAAGGGAGAGCAAAAAAGCGUUGGAUCAUGGCCCUUCGGUGUGUAAUACUAAUAUUAUCAUUUGUCUUCUUCCCAGCAUCUGGAAAAGUACCCAAGCCCAUCAAUGUAACUGUGGAGUCCUUAAAUUUCAAGAACAUAUUACGAUGGAGCAUGCCCGACACUGUUGAAAACGUGAAAUAUACGUACACAAUGGAAUACAGCCUGUAUUUCUUAGAACCUGAGGACUUUAGGACUGUGUGUAUAACAAAUACCCCAGAGUGUGAUUUUUCACUGGUUACGUAUGAAUCUAAACUACGUGUGAGAGCUGAGUUAUAUCCCAGUGUAUCGGACUGGUCCAAUAUAACAUUUGAUCCCUACAAACAAACUAUCCUGGGGCCUCCUGCCGUAAAAGUCACCCCAAGGGCAGGGACUCUCGAUGUCAGUUUCUGGGGUCCAAACGAGGAGUCUGAUGGCAGCUCCGUGAAGGACAAAUAUGGUUAUUUGCUGUAUAAAUUGGUCUACUGGAAAGAAAAUACCAACUCUGAUGGUAAAAUCAUUGAGACCUCUCAAAACUAUGAAACAUUACCAGAUUUAGAAACAUGGACCACCUACUGCAUCAAAGUCCAGGUGUACGCUAAGGAGUUUGACAAUCUUGGGCAGUUUAGCCCCGUGAUUUGUGAGAAAACAACAGAUGAUGGUAAAAUCCCCGUGUGGAUGCUUGUCCUGGCCUUCUUAUUACCCAUGUUCUUGGUUAUUGCUGUAGUUAGCGCGCUAUUUUAUCUGGGACACUAUGUAUACCAGCAAGCACGUUUUGUGUAUUUUCCUUCAUAUUCCUUCCCACAACAUCUAAAAGAGUUCUUGAACAAACCGUUCCAUAGUACAUUACAUCUACCUCAACAGCCCACUGAGGAAGGUGGAGAGUCGUGUGAAGCCCUCAUGUUUGUGUCUGAAGAGACCGAAUAUCAAACUGACAAAGUAAAAGAAAAGCAACCGCAGACUAGUAACGGUCUAAAGACUAGCAGCGGUCUAGAGACUAGCAACGGUUCAAUUUGUACUCCUAGUUAUGUAACUGUAAGCACAAGUGUUUCACUCUAAAUGUGUACCUCACAACUUUCAAAUUCAGGAAAACUGGCUACUGCUGUCUUUUCUCAAUGGGCACGCACAGGAAAACAAAACAAUAAUAAUUAUGAUUUAAAAUAAAAGAUUAUAUGUAUUAUAA